AUUUCCGAGAAACUUUGUGGCAACUUCGUGAUGAGUCAUCAGCAAAACUUGUAAACUUCGCUGCUUCGUGGAGUAUUGUUUUGGCUCCCUUCCCUGCGCGGGACAUUGAAAUUUAUAUUGAUUUGUUUUCGAAAAUCAGAGCUUAAGAAAUUCAUUAGAGCAUAUAACGUGUGCCAGUUGAUGUAAGUGGAACAAUGAAUUAUUACACGACACCAUCUACUUAUACUGAGGAUACAGAGGACCAAAACAAUUCUAAAUAUGAAAUGAAAGAACUUAUGUUUAAACUUUUAGUAGUAGGAGACUAUGGUGUUGGGAAAACUGCAAUAAUUAGAAGAUAUACAGAAGGGACUUUCACACAAAAUUAUAAAAUAACAAUUGGAGUUGAUUUUGCCAUCAAAUCAUUGCAGUGGGAUGAAAAUACUAUGGUGACUCUUCAGUUAUGGGAUAUUGCUGGGCAUGAAAGAUUUGGUUAUAUGACUGCAACCUACUACAGGCAUUCGCAAGCAGCUAUCAUUGUUUUUGACUUGAUUAGAUUGGCAACAUUGGAUUCUGUGAUAAAGUGGCAUUCUGACAUCAAAGAAAAAGUUGUUUCACCAAAUGGCAGGCCUAUACCAGUUAUACUGCUUGCUAACAAAUGUGAUAUUCAUGGAAAUAAAAUACCCAGUGACUAUCUGACACAGUUCUGUAAGAAAAAUAACAUUUUAGCCUGGUUCUUCACUUCUGCAAAAGAAAACAUUAAUAUAGGGGAGGCUGUUCAGUUUCUUGUUGAGAAAAUAAUUAGGAGUCAAAGUGAGAGUCCUUAUGAAUCUUUAGAAAUUCCUAACGAUUCCUUCCAGUUGACAACAAAGAAAAUUGUAAAGAAAAAGAAAGUGAAAUGUUGCUGAAAGAUUUUAAAGAAAAGCAAAGAGGAAAUUGUUUUAUGGAUCUCUUAUUAAUGUGAUCCAUCCAACUUCAAAUGAAAGUUGUAAAUGAUUGUUCAGGUCUGUAUUGAUUGCAUGAGAAUGAAGUAUUGUUGAUUGUUUGUCUGAUAGAUCAUGGUAUUUGAACAAAGAUUUAUACCAAAUAAGAAUUUUAUCAUUUUUCAUUUCAUUUUUAAAAUUAUUUCUCUUUGCAUUUCAUUUAAAUAUUUUCAGUGCCAUGGUCUUGCUUAAUUAUUAGACUUGGUUUAUUUGUUAUUUUAUUAUUCUUUGUUUUUACCAUUUUUCUCAUAUAUUUAUUUUUAAAUCAUCAGUGCUCAUAAUGAAAGGUUGUUUAGAAUUUUAAGUUGAUCAACAUUCCAUUUUACAGUCAUAUUUGGUUCCAUUCUGAGACAAGGUAUACUUUACCUUGUCUCAGACGACUGUUGUUGUUGUUGAGCUUCAGACACAUGUUAAGUUUUAUUUUAGAGCAACUGUCAGAGUGGUAGACGCACAAUCUGAACUAGAACUAGUUAAACCACAUUGUCUUCAGAUGUGAGAUUAAAAUAAAUAAUAUGUCAAUGGAAUAUUCAUAGGCCUAAAAAUUUACAUAUUACAGCCUUAAUGUUUACUGCACACUUUUCUUAUUAUAGAUUUGAUUAUGUCAAAUGCAAGUAAUCAUUUUUAUUCUUAAAACAGCUCAAUGUUAAUGAUUUUGACUUAUGUCAGUUUUGUAUUGUUUCAUGAUUUCAUAUAAAUGGUUCAAAAUAGUAUUGAUGUUUACAUAUAUGAAUGAUGACUUUACCAAAAUAGUUUGUUUUUAAUAGGACAGUGGUUUGGAUGAGUAGGCAGCAAAUAUCUUUUUAUCAAUCUAAAAUUUGUUUUUCUUAUAUUGAACAAAAUAUAGUAUGUUGCUAAUACAUAUACUAUUAUAAGGAAAAAAGUAUUUCCAAAUUUACAGAAUUCAUUAAUUUGGUAUAUUUGGUAUAUAUUUGUAAAAGUUUCCCAAAAUGUAAUUUUUUAGAAAUUAUUAGAUAUAAGAUCUCUACAUGUUAUUAAAAAAAUACGUAUAUCUCAACAUAAUAUCUAUCAAGUCUUACCUUUUCCUUGAAUAAGUGUAAAUUAUUUUGAUUAUUGUAAAAAAAAAAAAGUAUAAAAUUAUUUCAGAGCACAAAAUGAAAAAAGAUAUUUAGAAGUAAUAGCAUAAAUACUUCUUGCUCAUCGUAUCAUGAGAGGUUGUUUAAAUAAUGUACUUUUCAAAAAAAGAAAUGCUUUUGAAAUAUCUUCCAGAUAUCUCAGUCUCCAUUUUAAUCCAUUAAGGAUAACCAUAUAUUUUUCUGCUUAAAAAAUUGCUUUAAAUAAUGUAAUGAAGUGUAUUUUAUCAUUUUAGAUUUGAUAAAUAUACUGCUAAAAAUUACACAAACCUAAAACAAUAAAAAUUCUAAACUUUGUAUUUCAUUCAAUUUUGGUUGUAGUCUUGAGCAAGAGACACCAGUUGAUUGGUUGGUCUUCACUGAAGCUAUCUAAAAUCACAUAAAAUUAUGAUAUUCAAAGAAUCUUUGCCCAAUCAUAUUUUCUCAAAGAAGAAUGUAUCAUUUUGUUUAAAAAUUUAUUAUGUCUAAAACAAAUGGCUAACUUUGCCAUAUAUAACUAGGCAAAUAUAUAAAAAUUUAGCUUUUGUAAUUUUUUUCAGAAAUACAUUUAUUGGCUUAAUGUAAAAUAUAAUUCGUUAAAUCAUUUAAAACACUUUGGAUUGAAAGCAUAUGCUUACUUAUACACUUUAAAAAUGAACUAUUUGGAAAACAUUAGAAUUAUCUAUUAAUUCUAAAACAUUUUAUUUUUCAUAAUAAUCAGAAAUUUCAUUCAUAAAAUAAAGUAUAUUUUUUUAACUUAAUUUCUCUCCAUUGAGUUAUAGUAGAAAUCUAAAGGAUUUAGUUCCGAGAAAGGAAAAAAAAAAGAACAUUAAUAAUCAAAAUCAAUUAUCUUACAAGAAAAAUAUUGUAUUUUAAAUUAACCAAACCAGCAACAUAUUUUAAUAAAAAUACAUUAUUGCCACCCACAUAUAAUAACUGUAUUUUCUAUUCUAUUGUCUAGAUUUAGUAUUCUUUGCUCUACUGUGUUUUAUUUAAUCUUAUUAUUUAAAAAUUUGUGUUUGACAUUUCUUUCUGAUAUUAUAACUUUAUAUUAAUCUAGAAGAUGUUUGUAAUUUAGUUUGCUUAGAAGAGGUAUGAAACUCAUUGUCUACCAUUUUAUUCAUGGCUUGUUUUAAACUGUAGUUUGUUUCAAAUGCAAAAUAGCUUAUAUGUUUCAUACAUGAGAUAAAUGUGCAGCUCAGAUCAUCUGAAAAAAUGAUUUUAGAAAACUUGUUGGUGAUUUUAGUAAAGAUUUGUUGGUGAUUUUUUUUUCUUUAAUUUUUGGAGCAUUUGUAACACUUUUUUAAAAAGAAACAGUCCAUUUUUGGAAUUUAUAAAUGAGCUUUUUAUGAUGGACGAUAAAUUUGCAGAUAUUACCUAUUUCUAAUAAAUAUUAGAAAUUUAUAUCUGUUGAUUUGGAAAAUAUUUAUUAUGAUAAUUUAAAAUCAUUCCAUUUUUUUUCUAUAAAAGUAUAUUUAUUUCUGUAUGAUUUUUUUUUUAUUUAUAUGUAUCAAAUUUGUCUUUUUCUUAAGCUUUAUAUGUAAAUCUCGAAUUUCUUAUGCCAAGCAAAACAUUUAUCAGUUUAUUUUCUAAUCUAUUCUUUUCCUGAGAAGGAAUUAUGAUGUAAAGUGUGCAACAUUGUUAAACAUAUCAAUAUGGUGAUCAUCCUUAUUUUGCUUGUUUUUAAUAAUACAUUGUAUCAGUGUACUUUUUUAACAAUGUUAAAAAGAAUUUUAAGUCUGAGUAUGUAUGCAGACUUAUGUAUGAAUUUUAUGUCAUGCGUAUGUAUGCAGUAAUUAUCCUUUUUGAUAUUUAAAUGGUCAAGAAUAUGUUUCGAAUAUAAAUUAGUUAGGCUUUUACCUCCAAUCUUUGGCUGUAUCAUUUCCAUAACCUUUUAAUUUUGAUAUUUACUUUCAGUACGCAUGAUAACCAUUACAGUAAUGCUUGACUUGCAUUUACUAAUUCCCAUGUCUGCCUACAUCUGGUAUUUAUUAUAAAUGUUCCCAAUUGCUAACUUAUUUGUUCAGCACCUGAAAAACCAAGCUUCACUCAUUGGAUUUCUUUUUUUUUUAAUCAUAAAUAAAAUCCCAUUCUAUAGCUUGUUUAAAAUUAUAAAUGAAAUCUAAUUGAGUUGCAAACACAGGUGGUGAACAUGAGAAAAAUGCCUGGGAGUCCAAAGCCCUAACCACUAUUUUAUUGCUGAUAUGCAGGUUAUUUAUAGCCACAUAUCAAUAUUUAAUAAUGAAAAAAAUGUUUCUCUUUGUGUAAAAUCAUGUUUUGUCUCAAAAGGCUUCUAUAUUGAUAAACUUAAAAAGCAAAAGCUUAUCUAAAUAUACAGCUUGAUCCAAAUCAGUAGAGCCGUUUCCGAGAUACACGAAAUAUAUAUAUAUAUAUACAUAUACAUAUACACAAGAAUUAAAUUUAGAUAUGUGUUUUAUUUAUAAUAUCUAAUUAUUUUUGAUGUUUCAAGAGUUUUAAAUGUCUAUUCUCAUCUUUAUGAUUGAUUUAUUCCUGUUCUUGAAUGAAUCAUAAAUAUCAAGGGCUUGUGAAAUUAGAUGUCCUAUCAGUGUGGCAAAAUAUUUAUGUGCUUGCUUCACUUUUUAAAUCCAAAUAGAUGAGUGGACCAAAAAAGUUAUCUACUCUUUAUACUUUAGGUAAUUAGAUUCCUUCUUUUAUAUUAAAUUCCAAGACAAUGAAUUCAUGUCUGCACCAAAUGGAUCACACUGGUUUUUGACUACACUGUAUAAUUCGCAUUUACUGCUUAUAGUAUUAUAUCACACCUCAAGCAAUAUGUUAUUAGAUCAGGAGCUCCAAAACUUUUUAAUUUUGUGUUUCAUAAAUCAAAAAUAUAUUAACUGUAAAAUAAUAUUUUGAAGUGAUUGUGUCAUAUUCAUUCAAAUCUUUUUUUAACGUUGCUUUUGGUUGUUCAGUUUUAAUGUUCUCUAGUUUGAAUAACUCUAUAUUAUAUUAUAAACGUGGUGACAUUUGCCAUAUGGUUAGAAUGAAAAACACAUCCUACCUUCAACUAGGAAAAUUUGAGGGUAACUCGAUUUCAAAAAGUUUUUUUAACUAUGACGAAAUUCUAAUAUUUACAUUUUAAAGUUGUUCAAGAUUGAUUAUGUUUCAUUUAUAAGUAGGAAUUGUUUUUUGAAAUUAAAUUUAUAAUCAAUAGCUCUAGUUAAAUUCAAGAUUAUGUUAUAUUUUUAAAAAGAAGUCCCUUUUUUUCUGUAAAUGUAUGUCAGAAAAUAAAUUUGAUAAACGUUUUAAUGUAACUAUGUGGUGCAUUAAUACAAAAUUUCAAAUUAAGGUACUGUUCUUGAUACCUUGCUAAAUAAUAUAGUGCAUGCUGUCUAAGUUUCCAUGCUUUAAAAUAUUUCUGUUCUGCCUAAAGUUGAAAACGUUUUGCAAUAAAAAAUUAUAUAGAUAAAAUUGUUGUACCUAUAUGUGGCAUCAAAUUCUAUGCUACUGUACUUUCUACUCUGAAUUAAAAAUUAUAUUUUUAAAACAAUUUAACUUUAGAAACAUUAGUUUACUAUAUAGUGUAAAUAUUACAUGGUGCUAUCUGCAUUGAAAUGUUCUUUAAUAGACUUUUAUUUAUUGCUUGAAUUUUCAAAUAUUGCCUUAAAGUAACAUAUUAUCCAUAUGAAUUUUUUUACAGUAAUUUACUUAGAGACUGCACUAUAUAUGUCUUGCAUUACCAAUAAAUAUUUUUAAAUCAAUGUCUUCUGUGGUUACAAUUUUAAAGUUAUUUUAUUUUAUUUUUAAAUUAUAAUUUAACUUUUGCCUGUCUUUAGUAUAAGAACUGUUUUCUGUUUUGUUGUUGUCACGUUAUUGCAAAAUUCAUUGUUCCUUCUGUUAAUUUUACUCGUUAAAAUGAAAUAUAUUGAUAUAUUUAAGACCAGUGAUAAUAUUUGUCCACUGAAAUAAUUACACCUUGUUCAUGUUUAAUGACCUUAUUUCAGAUAUAUAUUUCCGUCCAUUUUUUGUCAAUGUAAUUAUGAAGCCUAAGAUUUCACUGUAUUUUUAUGAGAAGCUUAUUUUAAGGAAUAAAGUUAUUGAAUGCAA